CCAAAACAUCGCCAGAUGACCCGACUUUAUAAACUGGCGGGCUCCAAGUUCUGGGAGUAACGAACAGCCUGUCCCGGAAGGAGAUGUGCCUCUGAAAUCUUCCGAAGUAAAGAAGAAAAGAAAAAAACCCAGAAACCAUUAUAUUAUAUUACUAUACUAUACUAUACCGAAGUGCUCGCUAGUGGAAAGAAAUUGAAAAACUUGCGAGAGUUGAUUUUUGUCUGAGGCGUUGAAUAGAUUAAUACACAAGAAAAAGUGACUGGGUAAUGGUAUUACUAAACCCAAGAUUACGCAUCGUUUUAUAUCUGGUACGGUUUUAAAACUGUGAAAGUUUAUGUACUGCUGAAAAAGAUACUGGAUCUCCUUUGCAAGCGUGAAAAGUUCAUCUUCAUCACAAAUACAAAGGACAAGGAAGACAUUUGUGUAUAUAUACGCCGGUUGUGAUCAAACACCAGCAGCGCCUGCGUUGUGAAGUUUUAUACAGUUUCUGUGAUAUUUAUUUUUUCCUUUUUUUCUACACCAUGACGACGAUCAUUAGACAGUUGGUUCUCUGUGCAGUUCUGGGAUGUCUGCUUGACACGGCUCACAGCCAGAUUAGCCAGGUUGCAGACACAGUCGGUGAGCCGGUCUCGACCAGUAGUGUCGUGGAGGACCCUGAGCCUGUAGAGGUGGUAUCGACCAACACAGUGGCAGAGGAGAACCCCAACGCCGCCAUGUCCAGGCUGAGGGGUGUGGCCACUGUAGGAGAGUUCCUCGACCUGCUCGUCGACCAGGAUGGCAAUCCAAUCACGCCUGAUACCAUUUUCAGCGAAUACGAUAGCGAGUCAGGAAAACAAGUCAUCCAGGGAGGAGGUCGUAUGGCUGAGCCAGACGAUUGCUCCCCUCGCAACAUGACCGUCAGGCUGGAGAUGCCCAACGCUGACCCGAAUGACGUCUUCUUCCCACAAUGCACGCGCAUGGAGCGUUGUGGCGGCUGCUGCUCUUCCCAACAUCUGCAAUGUGUCCCCGCCUACACCGAGCGAGUCAGCCUCAAGGUGUGUCCUUGAAAACGGCAGAGCCCACAUAGCGUCCGAAAUCACCGGUUUCCAAAACAGCACAGAUGAUUUCGACGACGAGGACACCUCAUCUCCAGAACCGACCACAACAACGACGACUACCACGACGACCGCGACAACAACCCCGACCGCGCAGGACGACCCUUGUGCUGCUAUCACGUGUCCGCGAGGCCUCCGUCGGGUCGCGAGGAACGGCGGGUGUUCCUGCCGCCCCAUCAGACGCUUCACCGGGAGUGGUGGACGUCGCAGGCCGGGGAUGGGCAGGCCGAGAGGUUAAUUAAGCAAGACCACAGACUGGAGGAGAAUGAGGAGGAGGAGGAGGAGGAUGAGGAGGAGGAUGAGGAGUAGGGGGAGUAGGAGGAGAAGGAGGAGAAGGAGGAGGAGGCGGCUGCUUACUGGUCAAGAUAUUCCGAGAUACCAAAGAAUUCAUGGACAUUAGUAAUAUCUGUUUUAGUUUUUUCUGGAUCUCAUGACGACAAGAUAGGCUGCAUUUUCUUUUAUUUGUCAAACAUAUAAGAGAAAAUCAAGCCAGGACAAAUAGUUACGGUUUUGAAAAGGGAAUAGACCUAAUAGUUACCCAAAAGCAUACAUGUUUGUUGGUAAGGAUACUGGGUAAUUUCAUGUUAUGUUAUUCUCAUUUUCAAAUAAGACAUAUAUUCUGUUUACAUUGCAUCUAUUUUUCUUUUAUUUGAAAGGAACAGGCAGAGAAAAUACAACAUAAAUAAACGACAAGAAAUCCUGAACACGAGCUCUGACCAGAGUACAUUACCACGAGCAUAAGUCGAAGAAAUUGGUAUUGCCUUUGGGGGGGAAAUAGGGACGCUCUCGAGCUUGGAAAGAGGUAUACAAAAGCUCGAAGGUUGGGAAUUGUAAAUAACGUAAAUAACAUUUAUUUUAUUUCCCCUCUGAAAACUAUGGUCAACCUGUCACUUUAUCUAUAUGAAAACGAUUUAGAUCUACAUAAAAAUAUGGAAAACCAUCACCUACUUCUCUGUGAAUGAGGUCAAGUUACUAUAAUGAGCCACAACCCAUCUCCAAUCCAGAACUUAGAAGGAACUGAGACACACUCUGUGAAACAGCCUCUCUAGAGUAUAGAAAAACAUUCAAAAA